AUGGAUUCUGCACCUAUUAACAACUCUUGGAUAUGGCAGUACGCUGUUCUUGUCCUAAUAGCGCUUCUUAAGCGCUUCCGACCCCGGAAGGGCAAUGUCCUCAUGUUGUCCGGCAAGUUUUGUGUCAAGUAUGGACCUCACGUAUGCCUCGCGGAGGCCUCCACAAUGCGUUUUAUUGCACAAAAAACCUCCAUACCUGUACCAAAGGUGUACUGCGCAUUCAAACGGGGCGAUUGGACCUACAUCGUAAUGGAAAAAAUCAGCGGAGACAUGAUUGGGCAAGGAUGGGUUCAGCGGAGUGAAGAGUCGAAGGCUAGCAUCCUUUUUGAGCUAAAGCGGCUAGUUCAGGAAAUGCGAGAUAUACCUGCAUCAGGCCCAGGAGUACAUAAUGUUGAUGGCGGACCACUGUUCGAUCCUCGUCUACCGGGGCCUUCUUUGCGGAUUGGACCAUUUGAGAGCAUUCAAGCGUUUCACCAACACUUAAGAGGGGGCUUGCAUCCAGAUCCAAACUUGGACCCUAAGGUCAAUGAGCUUAUCGAACUGCAGGAUGGGCCAUGGCCACCACCUAAUUUCACUCACGGCGAUCUUAGCAGUCUUAAUAUUCUUUCUCAGGAAGACAAGAUCGUGGGCAUCAUCGACUGGGAGACUGCCGGGUGGUUUCCUUCGUAUUGGGAAUAUACAACCGCUUGUCAGGUAAAUCCGCAAAACAGCUUCUGGAGAGAGGAGAUUGAUAAAUUCUUGGAACCUCUGCCGAAAGAGCUGGCCAUGGAGGAGAUCCGUCAAAGGUUUUUCGGCGACUUCUGA